CCCGAGUCCUACGCGUGGGUUGUCGUGUGCCUCCGUGGUGUGCGCACUGCACUACCCAUCUCGUGCACGUUAGCUGGCACCCCCCGCCCACUAAGGCAACCAACCGCCCCCAGUUCCCUCGCCUCCUUUACUCCCACCCCACUUCUCCUCUUCCGCAAUGCCCUACGCCUCCUCCACUACUCCUCCCCUUCCCUUUUUCUCACGCAUUCACCUUCACUUUCCUGCUCUUACACCAUCGCCACCACCGCCAUGUCCAGUCCUCCUCCGCAACCCGCCUCUAAGCGGAGGGUGCCACCGCCUUGCUGGACCCGCGAGGAAACCCUAGCCUUGAUCGACGCUUACCGGGAAAAGUGGUUCGGUCUUGGACGUGGGAAUCUCAGGGCCUCUGAUUGGGAUAAUGUGGCUGCGGCUGUCUCUUCCGCAUCGGAUUCAGGGACGAAGUCUUCCGUUCAGUGCCGGCACAAGAUCGAGAAGCUGAGGAAGCGUUACCGUGGGGAGAAGCAGCGGAGCCUCAGAUGUCCAGGAAAGUUUUUUUCUUCUUGGGACUUGUUUCCUCUGCUGGAUUCUAUGAAUUUUGCGUCUUCCUCGGCAACUGGAUCUGGUGAUCAAGAUCACGCUGUUGAUCAUGAAAUUGCUCCCGAUGGGAUUAGGUUAAAGUCGAAGAAUCAAGGCAGGGGCGAUGGGGUUCCUGGGUCUAAUCUAAGUUUUGAAGAUGAUUAUGGAGGUGGUUAUGUGUCAAAGUUUGCCAAUUUCAAAGGUAAUUUUGAUUCUGAUAACGAAUUGGGAGGAGGGUAUGGUGUGAAAUUGAUGAGUAAUAGGGAUUUGGGGGCACAAGAUAUGAUCUUUAGGGGGAACGGUAGAAUUGUGGAUGGGUAUGGUUCGAUUGUUGAUAUUGAUCGCAGUGCUGGUGGGUUUCCUGUGAGGAGUGUGGUGCCUGCAGGGGUUAAGUCUAAGAAUUAUAGCAAGCAAAAUGUGAAUUUCAGCUCUAAUUUUGAUUAUGCUUAUGGAAUCGAAGAGUAUAUGAUUGAUGAAGGUGCUGGAUUUCAAGCUAAAGUUUCAACUGAUUGGGAUUCAAUACCUCCAGGGAUUCCUUUGAAAAGGAAGUCUGUUGGAAUAGAUGGGAGCUUGGAUCCCAAUGCUGAUUUUGAGUUCUUGAAUGGGUUUGUUUCUUCAUCAAGACUGCGGUUUGGGAGGAAGAAGGGUGAUGGUGGAGCCAAGAUGGGAUUGGAUCCAGUGGAGGAGAUGGUUUCAUCAAUUAAGGUUUUGGCAGAAGGUUUUGUGAAGAUGGAGAGGAUGAAGAUGGAAAUGGUGAAGGAGAUUGAGAAGAUGAGAAUGGAGAUGGAGAUGAAACAUAACCAGAUGAUACUGGAGUCACAGCAACAGAUAGUGGACGCAUUUGCUAAAGCAUUGUUGGAAAAGAAGAAGAAGAAAGCCAAGUUGCUGUCGCCUGAUGCAAAUAGUAAUGGAGAUGAAGCAGAAUAACAGAGGGACAAAAGCCAACUUGCAGGCAUUGCUAACAGAGAAGAGAACAGCAAAUCUGCUGUCACUCGAAUUCUGUUGUAAAGGUUUUAGCAUUCCUUUCAAAGGUCAUUUUCCAAUUUUGGUCUUAGAGAUGGAGAGCUUAUUUGUGUCCUUGGUUAACAAGAAAUCUGUAGGAGGAUAUAGUUCUCAAAUAUUUGCAUAUUUUUUUAUCUGUUUAACAAUGAUGAAUGCAUGAGAUUCUAUGUUCAUUUCAUUGAAUUUCUCUUCAAACAUGUUAAUAGAUAUUCUUUUUUUUU